AUGUCGUCUUCCGUUUUCUUCAAGUUCAAGUCUCAAAAGGAGCCCACUCGUGUCGAGUUUGACGGCACUGGUAUAUCUGUCUUCGAGCUAAAGCGUGAAAUCAUCAGCAAGAGUGGCCUCGGCGAUGGAACCGACUUUGACCUCUUCAUCUACACCGACGACGGCAGCGAUGAAUACGACGACGACACCACCAUCGUUCCGAGAUCCACCACGGUCAUAGCACGGCGCCAACCGGCAGCCAAGCCAGGUGCCGGCCGCGCCGCCCGAUACAUCUCCGGCAAGGCUCCCGUGUCGGCCAAGAACUCGGGUCGCAGGGAACAGGCGGCCAAAGCGACGGCGGCCAAACCCAGCGCGAGCGCCAUCAAUCAGAUGAACUCGGCCAUGACGGAAGAGGAGAAGAUGGCGGCCAUGUUCGCCGCCCAGAGCGAGCAGUGGUCUGCUCAGCAGGAAGAGAUGUCCCACCAGGCGCCCGUCUUCAACAAGGGCGGCAUCAAGCGACCCGCCAACGUACCAGACCACGACCCACCCGCCGGCUACAUCUGCUAUCGAUGCGGCAACAAGGGCCACUGGAUCCAGAUGUGCCCGACAAACGACGAUCCCGAAUUCGACAACCGGCCCCGCGUCAAGCGAACCACGGGCAUCCCGCGUUCCUUCCUGCAAAAGGUCGACAAGGCCGUCGUCAUGGCACAGUCCGACGGCGACGAGUCGAAGAGGCCCUCGGGCAUCAUGGUCAACGCCGAGGGAGACUUUGUCAUUGCCGAACCGGACAAGGCCUCCUGGGAGCGCUUCCAGGCCAAGACCAAAUCCUCGGGACCCGACAAGGAGGUGCUUGCUGAGAACAAGGAGGUGCAGGAGCGCGGGCUCGAGUGUUCGAUUGACAGGAAGAUGUUCAUAGAACCAAUGAAGACCCCGUGCUGCCAGAAGACGUUUUGUAAUGACUGCAUAACGAAUGCAGUCAUCGAAAGCGACUUCGUCUGCCCUGCCUGCCAGACCGAAGGAGUACUGAUCGACGACUUGAUUCCCGACGAGGAGACGUCGAGGAGGAUUCAGGAGUACCUGAAGGAGAGGGAGGCGGCCAAGACGCCCCGCGAGUCGCCAAAGCCCGAGCCCGUGACGGCGGCCGAGCCGGCCGAGCCGGAUGCGCAGCAAGUUCAGCCGACGCUUGAUUCCGACAAGACGGAAGCGAACGACGCAGACUCCAAGGAAGCAACCAAGUCGCCGACGCCGGCGCCCACGACCGCCCGAUCCCCCCCCAAGGUCGCCGAGGCCAAGAGCGGAGGCCAAGGCGUCGAGGCCGAAGCCGACAAGGCCGCAGAGGCGAAAUCGGCCGAAGGCAUCAUCCCCAAUGCCAAGAAGCGACCGGCGACGGAUGUCCUCGAGAACCCCAACAUCCCCAAAGGUCCCAAGGCGAUGCUGAAGCAGCAGGCGAUGAACAGCAUGCCCAACAUGAUGAACAAUGGCGUGCCCAACAUGGGCAUACCCAACAUGAUGUUCAACGGCAUGCCGAUGAUGCCCAACAUGAUGGGCAUGCCGCCCAACAUGGGCAUGGGCAUGGGCAUGGGCAUGCCGAUGAUGGGCAUGCCGAUGAUGGGCAUGCCGGGCUUUGGCGGCAUGAACGGCGGAUGGGGCAUGAACGGCAUGAACGGCAUGAACAACAUGAACGGCAUGAACAUGAACGGCAUGAACGGCAUGAGCAUGCCGGGCGGCCCCAUGGGCGGCGGCCCCAUGAGCAACGGCAUGGGCGCCAUGGGCGGAUUCCAGAACGGAGCCAACUUUGGGCAGCAAGCAAACGUCGACGACGAAGACGCCUACUUCCGAAAGCCGAUCAACCCCCACAGACAUCAAAACAAGCAGCGGAGGGCGCGGCCAAGCGACUACAGAGAGUUGUGA